AUGUUCGCAAGAUUACGCGCCUGGGCAACCCUACAUGCGAGCUGGUUACGAUCUGCGGUUGUGUGGCCUCAAUUUCAAGACCCGACUCCAGCGGGUAACAAUCAUCGUCACACCAUGCUUCGCUCGCUGGCGUCGGCGACGCGCGAGACCCUGCUCAGGCAGGCGCGGGGUCUCGCCACCUCCGCCGUGAUCGCAUCGGGUGGAUCUCCGGUGUUCAACUCCCCCGGGAAGGAGUCCACCCCGCGCCGCUUCUGCGUGGUGGGCAGCGGACCGGCUGGGAUGUACGCCGCCGACAGGCUCCUCGCCGCGUUCGGAGAGGAUGCGCGGGUGGACGUCGUAGAGAAGCUCCCGACGCCGUUCGGGCUGGUGCGCAGCGGCGUGGCCCCCGACCACGCCGGCACCAAGAGCGUCGUCAACAGGUUCGACGGCAUCCUGCGGGACCCGAGGGUGACGUACCUCGGCAACGUGAGCUUCGGCGAGCACGUCGGCCUGGACGACCUCUUCGCGAGGUACAGCGCCACCGUGCUGUGUUACGGAGCCGAGGGGGAUAAGAAGCUGGGGGUGCCGGGCGAGGACCUGCCCGGAUCCCACAGCGCGCGCGAGUUCGUCGGAUGGUACAACGGCGACCCGAGGUGCGUGAAGGAUCUGGACGCGCCGCUGAGAAGGGCGCUGACGUGUGCCGAGGGCGACACGGUCGUGAUAUUCGGCCUGGGUAACGUCGCGGUGGACUGCGCGCGGAUGCUGCUGCGUUCACCCGAGCACCUCGCGUCCACAGACGUGUGCCAACACGCGCUGGAGGCGUUGCGCCGUUCCACCGUGCGCCGCGUGGUGAUGGUCGGCAGGCGGGGCGUCGCGCAGGGCGCGUUUUCGCCAAAGGAGCUGAGGGAGCUGCUCAACCUGCCCGGGGUUCGGGUCACCGUGGACCCGCGGGAGCUGAAACUCGAGCCCGAGGACGAGGCGGACCUCGCGGCGCAAAGGCCGAGGCGGCGCGCGUACGAGGCGAUCGUGAAAUCGAUCGAGUCGCCGCCCGCGGGGGUCGAAGCCGACUUGAAGGCGGGGGGCGGGCGCGAGCUCGUGUUGAAGUUUCUUCGAUCGCCGACGGAGUUUCUCCCGAGCGACGACGGCAAAAAUAGCGUGCGUGCGGUGGAGCUCGCGGUGAACAGGCUCGAGGGCGCGGCGGGAUCGCGCAAGGCGGUUCCCACGGGCGAAAAGGAGCGCCUGGACCGCGUGAGUUUGGUUUUGCGAUCGGUCGGGUACAAGGGCUUACCGGCGAAGGGCGUCAAGGAGGGCUUCCCCUUUGACCACGAGCGCGGCGUGGUACCGAACGUGGCGGGACGGGUGAUGGAGAAGAUGGGGGGGUAUCCCACGCACGUUACGGGCGUGUACGUCGCGGGAUGGCUCAAGCGAGGUCCCACCGGGAUCAUAGGCACGAACCUGCACUGCGCGGAGGAGACGGUUGAGUCCAUCGCGGAGGAUGCCGCAAACGGCAGGCUGAGGCGACCGGACUACAGGUUCAAGGGGAAAGGCGUGAGGCCGCUGCUCGAAUCCAGAGGGGUCCGCGUGGUGGAUGCGGAGGGCUGGGGCAGGAUCGACGCGGCAGAGCGCGCGGCGGGGGAGGCGGCGGGUAAGCCAAGAGAGAAGUUUGUCUCCGUGGAUUCCAUGGUUCGCACUGCUUUGGCAAUCGGCGAGAGUUGA